UGUAUUCAGCUUACAUUCGCGAUGAAUCUGGAAAACAUAUUCUUGAAGGCAGCAAUGACAGGCACUAUUUCACCACCGACCACAGAUCUAGAGACCUCAAAAGCUGUCAAAAACAGUCAAAAGAGGGCUAAAAAAAGCCGAAUAAAUUUUAGUCAAGGGGAAGACGCGGUGAUAGAAGCUGCAUAUAGUCACCACAAAGGUGAUUAUAAAUCUAUGGUGAAAUUUAUAACAAAGCAUGUGGAUAUUCUACCACAGAAUGCGCAAGAGUAUUACCGAAGGAGUGAGCACUCGGCAGCUUAUGCAAAAGCUGCAGAAGAACGUGUUAGAAAGAGAGUUGCAUCGAAAAUUUUACAUGCUUCAAGUUCUAGCACUAAUAGAGGAAAUUUGACCCCAAAGGCGACUUAUCUCGAGGACGAAUACCACUCUCCUUCAGAGGAUGAAUUUGAAAGCGAACAAUCAGAAGAACUAGGGUACGACGAGCUUGACGAACUAGGCUAUAAAGAAGAAGCCAAGAAAAGAGCGAGGUAUCUACCACCCAGCUCGCCGAGUUCAAGAGGCGCUUUGAACUCCUUUAUGAAGGAGGCUAAAAAGGCCGAGAAAAGGCGCGAAGACGAAGUAGAGAGUGGAAAAGAAAGAGGUAGUAAAAGCAAGAAAAAAAAGAUCGAGGACGCACUUCCGGAACUGUUGGCCUCAGUACAAGAAGCAGCAAAAGCCCAUACUAAAGCGAUGGAAAAAUGGGAGCAAACCCUAGAAGGAGACUGAACGUUUUGGCUAAUUAUUAUAUAAUUAUAUAGCAUAUAUGCAUAUGUAAACGUUAUCGUAAGUGUGUUAGUCACUUUCUUGGACUUGAUAGUUCUGUUCUUUAGUUCUUUUAUUGUUAUGGCUGCUCUGGAAAUGGUUUAYUUUUGGCUGGUUUUAGACACCUUGUCAAAGGCUUGUCCCGAGCUGAUGGCACCGCAUAUAGCACUGAAUAUAUACGAAUUUAUCUUCCAAUAAGGUUAUUUCUACAUGUCACGUGUUUACACUCUUUUAGAUAAAAUUGUGRUGUUUGCUCGUCUGGGCAUGUGUGGACACGUGAGCCUUGUAUGUUUUCUGGUCGCUCCCGAUCUUCGUAAUCAACGUGUCAACACAUGCCUUGCGUUGGCCUUCUUUAAUCUACUUGAGUUUAUUUACUUUUCUAAAAGUCAAGGUCCUAAAAUUGAUACUAACUAAGUGCUUCGUAACAAGUGAAUCAAAGAAUGCUGAUGCUCGCAAAACUGGCAAUAUUUAAGGCCCGUUUACACUUGCAAUUUUUGCAGUGCGACUGUCGCGCGACAAUGCCACUUUGUUCUCUCGCAGUUCAAAUCGUAUGUGUAAACAGCCCUGCGAUUGUCGCGGCGAUCAAAAAUCGCUGCGUGUUGCAGCUAAAUUUC